AUGGCUCGCACUAAGCAGACCGCUCGCAAGUCCACAGGCGGUAAGGCCCCGCGCAAGCAGCUGGCCACCAAGGCGGCCCGCAAGAGCGCACCGGCCACGGGCGGCGUGAAGAAGCCGCACCGCUACCGGCCCGGCACGGUGGCCCUGCGCGAGAUCCGCCGCUACCAGAAGUCCACGGAGCUGCUGAUCCGCAAGCUGCCGUUCCAGCGGCUGGUGCGCGAGAUCGCGCAGGAUUUCAAGACCGACCUGCGCUUCCAGAGCUCGGCCGUGAUGGCGCUGCAGGAGGCGUGCGAGGCCUACCUGGUGGGGCUCUUCGAGGACACCAACCUGUUGUUCGUUAUGUCGGGUCGUGGGAAAGGAGGGAAGGGUCUCGGAAAGGGAGGCGCCAAACGCCACCGCAAGGUCCUGCGCGAUAAUAUCCAGGGUAUCACCAAGCCCGCCAUUCGGCGUCUGGCCCGGCGUGGUGGCGUCAAGCGCAUCUCUGGCCUUAUCUAUGAGGAGACCCGCGGGGUGCUGAAGGUGUUCCUGGAGAACGUGAUUCGGGACGCUGUCACUUACACCGAGCACGCCAAGCGCAAGACUGUCACCGCCAUGGACGUGGUCUACGCGCUCAAGCGCCAGGGACGCACCCUUUAUGGUUUUGGCGGCUGA